AUGGCCUCGGUACUCUCAAUGCGGCGUCCCAUCGCCGCUCUCGCAGCACGUACUGCAAAGCAAACCCCACAGAAAGCUACCCCCCACGCCGCCGUAACGACCUUUCUGUCGUCACCAGCCCGCCCCCGAACCUACUCUACAGCGCCGAGGCCUCAAACCGCAAGGCUCGCGCUCGCAUCGAGCAAUAAGAUCCAGCAGCAUCUCCCACACCGGCAGCAGACAAUUCGCCGCAUCAACCAAGCUACAGCCCAGCCGCCCCGAAGCUGGAAGUUCGAAGACAUCAACGCCGCCCUCCCAUCCGACCCUAACGGACCCCCAUCACCCCCAGCAAGCCCGCAAAGGAAACUCAUCCUCGUGGACGUCCGCGAGCCGGUGGAACUCACCUCCACCGGCAUCAUCCCCACCGCCGUAGCCGUCCCACUAGCCUCGCAGCCCGAUGCGCUCUUUCUGACGCCGGACGAGUUCGAGACCCGCUUUGGAUUCCCUAAGCCUGGGAUCCAGGAAGAGGGGGAUAUCGUCUUCUACUGCAAGGCGGGCGUGAGGGCGAACACGGCGGCGCAGCUGGCGGUGCAGGCGGGGUAUAACCCGGACAGAAUUGGCGUGUAUGAGGGGAGUUGGUUGGACUGGGCUGAUAAGGGAGGGAGAGUGGAGAAGUGGGAGGGGCCCGAACAUGAGUAG